AUGUAUGAAGAUAUUAACUUAUAGCAUUAAACUAAUACCUAUAUUGAAUAAAAAGAUUAAAUAGAAGUUAUUGAUAAUACAGAAGAGAUUGAAUUUAAAUAAUUAAAUUAUGAUCAAGCAUUAUCAUAAGUAGGAUCAUCAGGAUAUUAUUAAAAAAGAGCAUUUGUAAUAUUUGGUCUUUAAUGGAUGAUUACUACGUAUAAACAUCUUAAUAUAAUAGAUGGAUUUUAUUUGGUCCUGUUUUCUAUUUUAUAUAACCAACAAUUAAUUGUAAAAACGAUCUAAAUUGUUAUAAUGAAUGUUCUACACGUAUUUUGGAUGAAUAAUGUUUAUCUUACAUUUGUGUAAUGAAACUCAAUAGUCUUAGGAAGAUACAUCUAGGAUAGAAUUCCUUGUUGGCAAUUCCCUAAAUACAGCAUUCAAUACAGUAUUACCUUGCAAUAAGACUUUAUAAUCAAUAAUUAAAUCCAUUGUUUAUUUUGGUUCUUUGACAGGAUUCUUUAUCUUUUCAUUUAUAGCUGAUAAUUAUGGAAGGAAACUGGCUUUGACAUUAUCCUGGACAAUCACUACAAUAGGAUCUAUAACUUUAGCAGUUACUUAUCAUUUCUAAUUUUAUAUAGUCUGCUUAAAAUUUCUAAAUGAUAACAAGUGCAAUGUUUCUUUUAGGUUUUGGAGGAAAUCCUGCAAUUACAGUUCAUUAUUCAUUUAUAAAUGAACAUUCUUGUAAAAUUUUUAUAUUAACAUAAUUAGAAGGACAUUUCAGAGAAUUACAAAAUGUAGGUCUUUAAGUUUUCUUUGCAAUUGGUGAAUUUACAAUUAUAACAUUGGCUUAUUAUGUUACAGAUUGGAGAUCAUUAGCAAUUAUUGCAACAAUUCCUAUAAUAUUACUUAAUUUUGCUAAUCUAUUUAUACUUGAAUCACCAUUAUUUUUAUAUUCAAAAAAUAAAUCUUAAUGUGUAUAAACAUUGAAUUAAAUUGCUAAAAUUAAUUCUACUAAAUCUAUUGAUAUUGAUGAAUUAAUCACAAAUCCUAAAUCUAAAGAGAAAAAUUAGAAAAUGUAUACUGCAUGGGAUCUUGUAAGAUACAAAUCUAUUAGAUAUAUAUUUAUAGCUUGUGUAAUGAUGUUUUUUGGAAUUUAAUUGAUUUAUUAUGGAAUUAGUUUUGUUAGUGAUUAAUUAGGAAUGAACUUUUUUACUAGUAAUUAUAUAAUAGCAUUAUUUGAAUUAACUGCAUAUUUAGUAACAGGUAAUAUAUUCUUUAUUUUUAAGAUUUUCUUGUAACAAAAUUAAAACGAAAAAAGAAUAUCAUUUUAGGAUUUAUAUUAGUUGGUUUUAUGAGCCAGUAUUUUCUUAUUCAAUUUGAUAAUUCACUAUUUAUAAUAAUGUAAGGUAUUUUAGCAGGGGUAUGUAAAAUUAUUAUUAUAUACUCUAGUUAAUGAGAUUUAUUAUUUGUGUAAUUUGGGCUUUAGCAUUUGUUUAUGUAUCUGAAUUAUUCCCUUCUGUUAUUCGAUCAUUAGCAUUAUUAUUAAUAUCAGCUGGAGGCUCUAUUGGUAGUAUUGUUCAAACAUUCUUAAAUACUUUAUGUUAGCAAUAUUAAGUUCAUCCUAUGGUUGUUUUUGGAAUAAUUGGUAUGUUAUGUGGACUUUUGUUAUUACCUUUAAAAGAGACAUUGAAUCAAGGUUUGAUUGAGAAUAUUGAAGAAGAAGAAAAAAUAAUGAAUAUAAAAUAUUAAUAGUCUAUUGAAACUGAAGAAUCUGGGGGAGUAGAUUAAAUGAAUAAUGUAAAUGAAGAAAGAGAGUGAGUAUUUAUUAAUUUAAUUGAAUUUAGAUUUCUAAUAAUAAAAACAAAGAACAUUAAUACUGAAAAGAAAGAUUGA